CGAGCGGAGGGGGCGGGGAUUGCGCGGGGGUGACACGUCGGACGGCGCCGGCGGCGGAUCUCCUGCGAGACAACCCAGGAGCGGCGCCUCCCCUGCCCACCGCCCCUCGCGCCUUCCGCCCUUCUGCUGCCUCGCGGGUCGGGAUGGGGCGGCUCUAGACCAAUAAGGCUCCGGAUCCCGCAAGUGUUCCAGAAUUGGGCCGGCCCGCCCACCUCCGUUGCUUGGCAGCGACGGCCCCUCCCCCUUCCCAGGACCCGAAGCCGGGACCCGGUUCGCUGCCCCCCCCUUUGCUCCGGCGCCUCGUCGGAGCGGCCCUUCCUGGCAGGAGCCACCGACCCCCAUGACCCCUGGGCCUGCCGGAGAGGCCCCCUGGUGACCUUCGUGGGCAAGAGCCCCGGGCUCCUUGGCCUCAGGACUCCCCACAGCUUCCCCCCUUCCCCUCAGGAGGUUUAAAGGCACGCCCUUGAGCCCCUUCCCCUGUUUGGCCACCGAGGCGCCCCUCCCGGUGUCCCCUUCAACUCGAGACAGCCCCCCCUUGCCACGCUGCCCUGCUUGUGCCCAGGUGCCCCAGCCUCUUCCCAGCACACUGGCGCCAUGCGCUUCUCCCUGGUGCUGUCCCUCCUGCGCCCUGUGGGGCCUGUGGUGGUCGGGGUGUCCCUGGGCUUCACCCUCAGCCUGCUCAGCGUCACCUGGGUGGAGGAGCCCUGCGGCCCCAGCCAGGGCAGCCUGCGAGAUGGGGGCAUGGAGCAGCAGCAGCACCAAGGCGGGCAGGGCAACGCCGCCCGCAAGCCCAACUCCGUCCCUGCGGGGAUGGGCACGGAGCCUGAGCAGAGCUGGGAGCCCCGCGUCCUGCCCUACAAGCCUCCCAACCCGGGCAAGGCUGCCAAGAAAACUAUCAGGACCCGAUACAUCAGCACGGAGUUGGGCAUGCGCCAGCGCCUCUUUGUGGGAGUGCUGACCUCGAAGAACACAUUGCACUCCCUCGCAGUGGCGGUGAACCGCACCUUGGGACACCGGCUGGAGCGAUUGGUCUACUUCACGGGCACCCGGGGGCGCAAAGUUCCUCACGGCAUGACGGUGGUGACGCACGGUGACGAGAGGCCCAUCUGGAACAUGUACCAGACUGUCAAGUAUGUGCUGGACCAUUACGUGGCUGACUUCGACUGGGUUUUCCUGGUGCAGGACGACACCUACACCGAGGCCCACCGUGUGAACCGCUUGGCCUCUCACCUCAGCAUUGACACUCUGCUCUACAUGGGCCGGCCAGAGGAGUUCAUUGGUGGGGACACGCAAGGGCGCUACUGCUAUGGCGGCUUCGGCUACCUGCUUUCCCGGGCCCUUCUCCUGCGGUUGCAGCCUCACCUGGAAAGCUGCCGGAACGACAUCCUGAGCGCCCAUCCCGAUGAGUGGCUGGGGCGCUGCAUCAUUGACUACACUGGGGUAGAUUGUGUGGCAGAGCGUGAGGGCCUGCAUUACCAGUAUUUUGAACUUGGAAAGAACACUGACCCUGAGAGAGAGAGCGACCCGCGAUUCAACACGGCCUUCACUGUUCACCCUGUGCUGGACCCUGUCCAGAUGUACCGGCUGCACAGACAUUUUGCGCGUGUGGAACUGGAGCACACAUACCAGGAAAUCCAGCGGCUACAGCUCGAGAUCCAGAACACCAGCAGCCUGUCUGCAGAUGGCGACCUGAGUGCCACCUGGCCCAUUGGCAUCGCUCCCCCUUUCCAGCCCAAAACCCGCUUUGAGGUGCUUCGCUGGGAUUACUUCACGGAAGAGGCGGCUUUCUCUUGCGUGGAUGGAGCUCCCAAGUGCGAGUUGCAUGGUGCAGAUGCAGCUGAUGUGGCCGACGUUGUGGCUGCAGCUGUGGAAGAGCUGAACCACCGGUACCAGCCGUUGCUGCACGUCCGGAAGCAGCAGCUGCUGAACGGCUACCGCCGCUUUGACCCGACUCGGGGCAUGGAGUACACCCUGGACCUGCAGCUGGAAGUGGUGACACAGAAGGGGCACAGCCGAUCGCUGGCCAAGCGCGUGCACCUGCUGCGCCCUCUCAGCGAGGUGGAGAUCAUCCCGAUGCCCUACGUGACAGAGGCCAGCCGGGUCAACGUCAUCCUGCCCCUGACAGCCCCGGAGCGAGACUAUGCCGCGCGCUUCCUGGAGGUCUAUGCUGCGGCCGCCUUUGAGAAUGCAGAGAACGCCGUGCUGACCUUCCUCUUCAUCUACGACCCCUUUGAGGCUCAGCAAGUGGCCCAGAAUGACGUCUUCCGAGCAGUGAAGGCACGCAUUGCGGAGUACGAGCGGCGCUAUGCGCAGGUGAAGAUCCCCUGGAUCAGUGUCAAGACAGAUGCUCCCUCCCAGAUCAAGGUGAUGGACAUCAUUUCCAAGAAGCACCCUGUGGACACGCUCUUCUUCGUGGCUGGUGUGGGCACCGAGGUCACGGCCGAGUUCCUCAACCGCUGCCGCAUGAACACCAUCAACAGCUGGCAGGUCUUCUUCCCCAUCCACUUCCAGGGAUACAACCCCACCAUCGCCUUCCACAACCAGCCCCCGCCUCUGUCCGGCCUGGACCUGGUGCGGGAUGCCGGCCACUUUGACCGCGACGCCUUCAGCGAAGCCUGCUUCUACAACGCUGACUACAUGGCGGCACGCACGCGCAUGGCGGCUGAUGCCCAGGACAACGAGGACAUCCUGGAGACGCUGGACAUCUACGACCUGUUUGUCAAGUACUCCAACCUGCAUGUCUUCCGGGCGGUGGAGCCGGCCCUCCUGCAGCGCUACCGGCCGCACGGCUGCAACCCGCGCCUGAGCGAGGAGCAGUACCACCGCUGUGUGCAGAGCAGUCUGGAGGGCCUGGGCUCCCGGGCGCAGCUGGCCAUGGUGCUCUUUGAACAGGAGCAGGGCAACAGCACAUGAGCCCGGGGCCGGGGCCAGCCUGCCACCUCCCCUCUCCCCCUGCGCGUCUUCCCUGUAGCGGCAGAGGACGGCGGCCCAGGAUGGCUCAGGCUGGGUCUCAAGGGAGCGGUUCUGCUUGGCUGUCCAGGUUGCCUUGUGGACCAAAAGCGGGCAUUGGCGGGUGGUCAGGAUCCAGUCCCACUUCUGCCUUGCUCUGUUCCCCUCAUGCAGGCCCAGGUCCUCCCCCCAGCCUGCAGGAUUAACAGCUGCAAGUGCCAACCGAGCAAGGGCAGGCAGGGCCUGCUGUGGGACUUCUGCCUUGGCGGCACCAGGGCUUUUAGAAGAGGCUUCUGUGUGAGUGUGGGGUGGGCUGAAGCCGAGGAGGCUGGCUUGGGGUUUCUGGAUUCUGGGGCAGUAGAGGCAGGAAGGAAAGAAGCUGCCCGUUCAGGAGCACUGCUUGGUCCCCUUGCUGCAGUUUGGGUGUUAACUUAAUGGACACUCCAGGUGCAGGUGCAGGAUAAUCUUCUGUGGGUGGGAGGGGCAGAGGGAUUCUGGUUGGUUAUUUUUUUCUCUUUGUCCGGUGUUGCUCCUUUUGGAAACGGCGACUCGGGCUGCUUUAGCCUCAGAUUAGGAGUGGUAGGGGCAAGAGGGUGGCACAGACCUGGUGGGUGCUUUCACAGGGAGAGUCUACCAACCCCCUGAUGCCAGGCUGGCUCUGGCACUGUGGGGAUGAACAGUAUUUCUGGGGCUGCCUGCCCUCUCUUUUGCCACCCGCUGGGCUGAAGGUACGUAGAUUUCGCCCAUCUUGCUGCCAUGAGUGGUUGACCCAGAACUGUUCAGCAGAGCAGGUUGUGUCAAUCAGCCUGGCGCUGGGACCAGGGCAAGGCCCAGAAAGGGUGCAGUUGUGUGUGUGCACGUGUGAGAAGGAGUUGGAGCUUGGCUCUCCAGUGGGUUUAUAUUUAACUUGGAUUUGGGGUGGGUUGGUGACUAAAAUGUUGUUUUGCAUUUUAAUAAACUGGAGCGAAGCAUAAA